AGCUCUUCUUCCAGGGAGAGGAUAGUGGUAAAAGACCGAGCUGGAUGGAUGGGUAUGGGGAGAGGGGCAGCACCUACAGCCCUGGGAUUCUUGCAGACCCUCGCUGUCUUUCUCUGCAUCUUCCCUGCAGCCACUUCUCAGUGCAAGAUCCUCACGUGUAACUCAGAGUUCUUGACGGCCACAUCAGGCACUCACUACCCGGGAUCUGAAGACGCCCCUGAAUUCUGCACCGCUCUUCGUGCUUACUCUCACUGUACCCGGCGCACAGCCCGUACGUGCAGAGGGGACCUGGCCUACCAUUCAGCUGUCCAUGGCAUAGAAGACCUAAUGAGCCAGCACAAUUGCUCCAAGAAUGGUCCCACCUCACAGCCCCGUCUCCGAACCCUCCCACCAGGAGACAGCCAGGAACGGUCAGACAGUCCAGAAAUCUGUCACUAUGAAAAAAGCUUUCAUAAACAUUCAGCUGCCCCCAACUAUACCCAUUGUGGGUUGUUUGGGGACCCUCACCUCAGAACUUUCACGGACCGAUUUCAGACCUGCCAAGUACGAGGGGCUUGGCCUCUCAUUGACAAUAAUUACCUGAAUGUGCAGGUAACCAACACUCCAGUGCUACCAGGAUCUUCAGCUACAGCGACCAGCAAGCUAACAAUCAUCUUCAAGAAUUUCCAGGAGUGUGUUGAGCAGAAAGUAUACCAGGCAGAAAUGGAUGAACUCCCUGCAGCAUUUGCUGAUGGCUCUAAGAAUGGUGGUGACAAGCAUGGGGCCAACAGCUUGAAGAUUACUGAGAAGGUGUCUGGCCAACACAUAGAGAUCCAGGCCAAGUACAUCGGCACCACCAUCAUUGUGAGGCAGGUGGGCCGAUACCUGACUUUUGCUGUACGCAUGCCAGAAGAGGUAGUCAAUGCAGUAGAGGACAGGGACAACCAGGGCCUCUACCUCUGUCUCCGGGGCUGUCCCCUUAACGAGCAGAUUGACUUCCAGUCCUUCCAUGCCACAGAGAACUGGAGUACCCGGAGAAAGGGAUCGGGCACUCCUGUUUCCUCUCCAGAAGUCUUUACUUAUGAGACGGCCAUGGCCAGGUGCAAGGAGAAGCUUCCAGUAGAGGACCUCUACUUCCAGGCCUGUGUGUUUGAUCUGUUGACCACAGGGGAUGUGAACUUCACACUCGCUGCUUACUAUGCCUUUGAGGAUGUCAAGAUGCUGCAUUCCAAUAAGGACAAAUUGCACCUUUAUGAAAGGACACGGGACUUGCCUGGCAAUGCAGCAGCCUCAGGGCAGUGCCAGGAGUUUGUCCUUUCCCUUGUGGCCGUACUGUGGUGUUUGGUCUCAGUGUUCUCUUAGGUGUUUGUUGUGCAACCUAGAAGAAAUAGACUUUAGAGUGGGAGGAGAGAGCAGCCCCCUUACUUGGGAACAUCUAUCUUUUAGGACCUGCUCAGAAGGGAGAGGAAUGACUAGUGAGGCCUCCAGGGAGCAGAAGAAAUCUCACAUCUCUGUCACCUGUCUUCUCCUUCCAGAGAGAAAAGAUGGGAAUAUAGUGAGCCAGUAGGCAGGUCGGUGAAAAACUGUCACCUCACGUAGACAGAUUUUGGCUUCCUUUGCUGGCAGGGGUAGCGGGUGUCACUGCCCAUUGCCUCACAAGGUACUGCUCUCUUAGUAGGCUGUAGUGACUGUGAUGUUGGCAUUUGUGAAAGUAGCAUUGUGUUUGGAUAUUGGGUGGCUGCCGCUGCCUGGCCAUUUCACAAAUAGGGGUGAAAAAGAGCCUUUAUUUCCAGACUUCUUGGCCCCCCCUUUCCCCAUAGCAUGAAUGUGCAAACCACAAGACGCCCUGCACUGUGUGCCUCAUGGAACGCUAAAUCAGACUCCUGUUUCUCAGAACACACACAGCACAUGCACGCACGCACGCACGCACGUACAGAUGAUACUUUGAACAGCCAAAAGUAUGCACACUUAAAACGCACUGAAACAGGGGACAGAGAGAUUCACCCUGAAACGCACAGGUUUCUACUGAUAUUCAGAUAAGCACGAACGCUCACAUAAACACACGCGCGCAUGCACACACGCACACAUAGCCUCGUGAUCACACUGAUGAGUCCCCCCAGCCGCAGAGCACAUUUACAUGCACUCAUUCAUAAACACAGAAAUUUCGGAGGUCUUCCGCUAUUGAGUUUCCUUCCCACAUGCAUUCUCUCAUGGUCUGCAGGGGUCUCGGGCCCAAGAAGAGUUGGGUUUGAGGAAAUCUUGGUGGUGCCUAACCAUACAGGAGACUUUCAGCAGCUUUUGUUUUGCUCUUUGCUUACCCAGAGUGUGGUGUGUUCUCUGCACCAUCUCCAAAAAGUGUUUCCUGUUGUUCUCUGCUCAUGGGUUUGUGAGUGCUAGAGGUGCUAAGAGCUCAAAGAAUUUAGUUCUUGUACCCAUGCCGUUCACCCUAGCUUCCUGAUGGCAUCCCUAAGUGACGGCACGUCAUCUGGUUUGACACAGUUCCCCCAGAGUAUCAUAACAGAGAAGGAAACUCCAUUUGCAAACAGCAGAGAAAUACAACUUGUGUUCUUAGAUGUGACUUAUAUUGUCUCCAGUAUACGGAAUCCUUUUCAUUAACAUGUCCUUUAUUCUCUCCCUCAGCGUGACUGUACAUAUGAAGAGAUAUAAUUUGUUUUAAAUGUUUAAACAGAAAAAGAUGUGUUUACUACUUCUGUUCCUUCCUAGUGUGGUGAUGGCAAGUGUUACUUGAGAGGGAGAUGUAGAGUAGGGAUUUAGUAACAGGGCAAGCCAUGGAGACACCAUAGUGGAUAGGGCCAGCUGGCCUGCCCUGUUCGCCUCCACUUUCUUGUUUCCUGGCCCCAGAAAAUCAUUUGUUGCCUCCCUCCAUGAAAUGGCAGCCUCUUCUCCACUUCCCUGUCCUACUGCUGCUGAAUUCUGGACCUCAGGAGGGCAGAUCAGACUCGUCUGCCCAACUGAUACCUCCCUCUCCCCCUCCUGCUAUCCUCUCCAAGCGCAGGGCCUUUAGCUUCCUAUGGUGGAUGGGGUAGAAGAACAUCUUCCUUGCUGGCCCUUCACAAUUUACUAUAGUGGGUGAGGAGAGGAGGAAAUCUCUCAACUCCUACGUCAACCUGAACUUACAGCCAUCAUCCCCACUUCUUUUAUAGAAAGGACAUGAGAAAUCCUCUAAAUGUAGAGAGGUGGCCCUUGAAAAUCUGUGUCUGAAAAUACAGUCUUUCAGAGAUGUCUCACAGAAAAGGCAACUUGUGUGCAGAUCUGGGACUGGCCUCUUAACUGGCCCUCCCCCACCUCCAUCCCAUAAAACACUUUACCCAGAAGGACUUUCAACAUAUCAGCCAAUAAGCAUUGCCAAGGGAGCUACCGACUGCCUUCCUGGAGGCUGUUCCCUUUAGGACCUCUCAUGCAUGGGCUCCAUGGGUCCAGGACCUUCCUGGCAGCAAGGACUUGCUUAUCUUCAAGAAGUUUAGUUCUCUCUGCCAAAGCCACAAAAUAUAGCAGGAAGGGAACACCUCACUGCUCAUUGUAAGAAUAUCCUGUUGGGAGUAAAAGUGAAGCACUUUAUUUUGGUUGUGUUUAAUCAAGUUCUGCUUAAAGGUGAAGAAACCUCACCAUGUCCAUGUGUGUAAAACCUAUGUGGAGUGUCACCGCAUGUACAUACUGUAAAUUAUUUAUUGAUGAGAUAAUGCAAGUAAAGUUUGGUUGUUCCUUU